CAACUUUCAUUUCCAUUUGGCAACCUUCCAGUUGAGCUGGUCCUCCUGAUCCUUAAACAUGCGGCACAACCCAGUUUUUCUCAGAUUGCACCAUACAAGUCUAAAAACCCAUACUCAUUCGCCCUCGCUCUCUGUCUUGUCUCCAAAGAGGUCAGGAAAACGGUGUUGCCCGAAAUUCUUCACACCGUGUUGCUCCCGCAAUUGCGCAACGUGACAGCGUUCGUGGACACCUUACGUAUGCAGCAGGCAUACGCUCAGCAAGACCAUCAAUUCAAAUUUGACUACGCGAAGCAUGUACGCAGAAUGUGGAUGGGACAGUUUCGUGGUUCCAUCCCAGGACUUUCGCUCAACGAAUUCGGACAAAUGCAAUCUGGGCUAGACCUCAGUCCCCUGGCCCCCGUCCUGCUCGCUGCACCGUCCAUCGCAGUCGACUUUGAGAAUCUGGGCCUUCUGUCAGGUUGCUUGUUUCAAGUCUGGAAGUCCCGCGCGGACAGCCACGAAGAAUCUCCAGUUCUGUACAGCCCAAAAACCUUGAUGGUAAUGGGUACUGAAUCCAUGACUCGCCAAUGGCCGUCCUACAUCAAGACCGACCAUGGAGCGGCUUUUCUUGCUUCUAUAUCUAAUGUCAUCUCCAUCACACACACGAUAACCGACAGUACUCGGCACCAGUGUGGCAUCUGCCACCGCGAUAGUGCAUCGAAAAUCUACAAGCUGCCUGAGUGGAUGACGCGGGCUCCA